AUGGGCUGGUUUGAUGGAAAAUCUUCAUCCUCGUCUUCCCAUCACUCUCAUUCCCGCCGACGUUCUUCCCCCUCACGACGUUCCACUUAUUCAACCCAUCAUCCUCGUCACUCUGCUCCCUCGAUUUUCAGUCUGAACGGCGGUGGUAGUCGUGUCGGACGCACCAGCCCGUCCGUGCUCUCUUCGUCCUCAUCGCGGCGCGCACGGCCCCGAACAGGCUUCGUACAGAAGGUGGUUCGCGCCAUCAAACGCUUGCUCCGUGACAUUUACGACUAUGCGCGUCGGAACCCGGUGAAGGUUCUCAUGCUGGUUGUCAUACCGCUCCUCACGAGUGGUGUCCUGCAGAAAUUGCUCGCCAUGAUCGGAAUUCGACUGCCAAAGGGGCUUUUUGGCGGGAACUCAUCGAAGCCCAGUGGCAACAGCAUGUCAGACAAUAUCAAGGGCCUCAUGAACAUUGCGAAAAUGCUGAUGUAACUACUGAGGCAUUGCUUUGUGGUCUGUAUUCCAGCGCUUCUGCACUUUGAUGUAUGAAUGGGAAUAUCAGCGAGAAUUAGUCAGAAAAGAUAGACACGACACGAUCAUGAUACGACAAUGACGAUACG